CACACACACACACACACACACACUGUCCCAUCCUGCUCUCACACUCAGCUCAGACUGACAGCAGCGAGUGGAGUCACAGACACACUGUGGGACAUAAGAUUUCACUGAGGAUUUUAGGACACAGCUUUAGUGGUGUGUGUGUGUCCUGGUGAGUGAGUGUGUGUGCGUACGUGUUUGUGUUAGUGAUGGCACUUCAGAUUACACUCCGAGUGUGUGUGUUCAUGUUGUUGUGGUCAUGUGUGUAUGCUUUUAACCUGGAGACCACCGACACACUGAGCAAAGAGGGAGAACACGGCAGCUUCUUCGGCUUCUCACUUGCUCUCCACACACAGACCACCCCCCAUCGGCAGAGCUGGAUCCUCGUUGGGGCACCGCGAGCUCGAGGUCUUGGUCACCUGCGUCACACUCACACAGGUGCACUGUAUCGCUGUCCAAUCACAGCUGAGGAGUUUGACUGUGAGCGAGUCGACAUCGAUGGAGACGUGAGUUUGGACAGAGAGAGUAAAGACAAUCAGUGGCUCGGUGUGACAGUGAAGAGUCAGGGCAUCGGAGGAAAAGUUGUGACAUGUGCUCACCUGUACGAACUCCGCCAGCGAGUUAACCAGCCGUCGGAAACUCGUGACCCGAUCGGCCGCUGCUACGUGCUGAGUGAAGACCUGAGUGAGAGAGAUGACCUGGAUGGAGGAGAAUGGAAGUUCUGUGAAGGUCGUCCUCAAGGUCACGAGCAGUUCGGCUUCUGUCAGCAGGGACUAGCAGCAAGCUUCACCCCCGAUAAUAACUACAUCCUGUUUGGAGCUCCAGGAACCUACAACUGGAAAGGUGAGAUGCAUGUUCAGCUGCUCAACCAGACAGUGUUGGAUUUGGGUUACUAUGACGACGGGCCAUAUGAAGUGGCAGAUGAAAAACAGUUAAAUUCUGCGUUAAUUCCUCUUCCUUAUCACAGCUACCUGGGUUUUUCGGUGGACUCUGCUAAAGGAGUGAUGCAGCACUCUGAGCUAACGUUUGUGGCUGGAGCACCUCGUGCUAAACACACUGGUGCUGUGGUGCUGCUGAAGAAGGACAGCGCGUACCGCCUGGUCCCUGAGUUCAUCCUGUGGGGGGAGGAGCUAGCGUCCUCGUUUGGAUACUCAGUCUCUACCACAGACCUUAAUCAGGAUGGGUGGACAGAUUUAAUCGUGGGAGCUCCGAACUUCUUUGACCGUAAGGCGGAGAUCGGGGGUGCAGUGUAUGUGUUCCUGAACCCUGCUGGUCACUGGAACGAGGCGCGGCCCAUCCGCCUCAACGGAACCUACGACUCCAUGUUCGGUAUGACAGUAAGCGCUGCGGGAGACCUCGACCAAGACGGCUAUGCAGAUUUUGCAGUUGGUGCUCCGUUUGAUGGACAGGGUAAAGUUUUUAUUUUCAGAGGUUCGGCUGAAGGAAUCGAUACUAAACCAUCUCAGGUUCUAGAUGGAUUAAAUGCAGGAGUGUCUCGUUUCGGUUACUCUUUAUCUGGUGGUUUGGAUAUUGAUGGGAAUUUGUACCCAGACCUGGUGGUUGGGUCUCUCAGUGACCAGGUGGUUCUGUUCAGGUCACGGCCAGUGAUCCAUGUUAUAAGGGACAUGUCAGUGGAGCCUCAGCACAUCGACAUGACGCAGCACAACUGUAAGGGCCGAGAUGGAGUGUGUGUGGAGGUGAAGGUCUGUUACAGCUACAGAGCUCAGACUGAGUCUUACUCACCGCACAUCACACUUGGGGUUCAUUUUGAGGCAGACACUGAACGCAGAAAAUCUGGGCUGCAGCACAGAGUUCACUUCCUGGGUCGAAGGUCAUCUGAGCCUGAAUACAUUCAUUCUGAAGAGCUUGAGCUGAGAGGCCAAAAUCACCCAGCAUGCCAGACUGCCACCUUCAUACUGCAGGAGAAUAUAAGAGAUAAACUGCGUCCAGUCUCACUUUCUAUCACACACACCAUAAAGAAGACACGACAGGAUGGACACAGUGGUGGUCACACACACCAGCGUUUGGGCCGUCUUACCCCUGUCCUGAGUCUUACUCCCCAUAACACACUCCACUCUGAGGUGAACUUCAUCAGAGAGGGCUGUGGAGAUGAUAACAUUUGUCAGAGUAACCUGAAGCUGAGCUACAGAUUUGGGACACGACCCCCAAUUUCAGAUCUCUUCACUGCUUUACCAAUAGGGGAGAAUGGUGUGCCUGUUUUCUCUCUUUCUGAUCAGAAGUCAGUGGUUUUGGAGGUGACGGUUACAAACGUGCCAUCUGACCCCACCCACCCUGACGAUGAUGGAGAUGAUGCCCAUGCUGCUCAGCUCACACUCACACUGCCACACACACUCACCUACUCCGGUGUCAGGGGUCAGGUGGUUUGUGAGGCGAAUCAGAAUGGAUCUCAGGCGGAAUGUGAGCUUGGAAAUCCUCUGAAGAGAGAUGCUGUGUUGACGUUCUACAUUAUUUUAAGUACAUCAGGCAUCACUAUGGAAACCACAUCUUUAUCAGUCGACCUGCUGAUGUCCACGAUCAGUGAGCAACUUCACCUGUCUCCUGUUACAGCUCUCGCUCGAGUAGUGAUCGACCUCCCUCUCACUGUCAGCGGGGUGUCUCGUCCUCAUCAGCUGUUCUUCAGUGGGACGGUCCGAGGUGAGAGUGCAAUGGAGACACUGGAGCAAACAGGAAGUGAAGUGGAUAUCGAGUUCACAGUGUCUAACAGCGGUCAGUCUCUGCAGACAUUCGGCUCAUCGUUUCUCAACAUCAUGUGGCCUCAUGAGCUGGCGAAUAAAAAAUGGCUGCUUUACCCAACGAGUUUACACUCCGACCACCCACACACACACUGCACACACCACUCAGCACUCAACACACUCGGCCUCAAACACACAAUUCAUAACCAUCACACACACACUCAGCAGCUCAAGGUUCGUAGGACACGCUCAUAUCCUGAGGAUGAAGAGCAAAUGCAGAUGAAGAACAGCAUAAACCACAACACACCAGCUGUGGCUGCCAGUGAGAGACGUAAAUCCCUCAAACUGGACUGUGUGUUAGGUUCGGCGAGGUGUGUGGUGUUUCAGUGUGCGCUGCAGAAUUUCUCAGGUUCAGUGAGGUUCACAGUUAAAGCUCGCCUGUGGAACAGCACAUUUAUUGAGGAGUUCUCAGCAGUCAGUGUGUUGGAGGUGUUGGUCAGAGCAAACAUCUCAGUCAAAUCUAGCAUUAAACAUCUGUUGCUGAGAGAUACUGCUGCACAGGUAUCAGUGAUGGUGUACCCUGAGCUGAGUGUGUUGGAUCAGUCGCGGGUUCCAUGGUGGAUUAUCUUGAUUGCUGUAUUAGCUGGUGUGAUUGUUCUUGCACUGAUUGUCUGCAUCCUGUGGAAGUGUGGGUUCUUUAAGAAGACAGAGAGACAUCAUCACUAUGAGACAGAGUUUUAUCGUGCUCAACUUCACCUGCAGCCAUCAGAUGCAGAUAAACACACGGAGGCACAAUAACUCCAUCACACACAGACACACACACCCUCCAGUUCAGGUUUGGUUUCUUCAGGAGGUCCACACAUAAGGACAGCGUUCCUCAGUAUCAUGCAGUGAGAAUCCGGCAUCAGGAACGUUCUCACCUGCACCCUGAGCUUCAGCCCCAAAAACUCCUCAAACCUGAAAAAUCUCAC